UGACGUAAAAAUGUUUUGCAAUUUUUUAAUAAUAGUUUUAUUAAUCGGUUUAAAUAAUUGUGAAUAUGAUGAGGACUAUAGACAACAAAUACAUUAUUCAGUGCCCAAGGGUUGGACCAAUGAUCCCAAUGGACUCGUCUAUUAUAAAGAUACAUAUCAUCUAUUUUAUCAAUACUGUCUCGGCUUAAGCCCAGACGGGGGUAAAAUGCAUUGGGGACAUGCCAUCAGUAAAGAUCUGUUUCAUUGGCAAAACCUACCGAUAGCUCUAUACCCACAGGUCGGAGGUCGAGAGUCUAUUUGGUCGGGCAGUGCUAUUGUAGAUGUAAACAAUGUUACCGGUUUUGCAGCUCCCGGUGCUGUAAACAAGACAAUGAUAGCAUUUUUCUCCGGUUUCAAUGAUACGGACGGCAUUCAAGACCAGUGGUUAGCCUAUAGUGCCGAUGAAGGACUCACAUGGAAAUACUACGAUAGUAAUCCAGUUAUACCCAACCCGACAAAACUCCGUGACUAUCGAGAUCCAAAAGUUUUGCAAUUUAAAGAUCAUUAUGCGCUGAUAUUUGCUGCCGGAAAUCACGUCAACCUAUAUAAGUCUUAUAACCUCAAGGUAUGGCAAUUCAUACAAGAAUUUGGUGCGGGACAGGGAUCACAUGAAAGUGUAUGGGAAUGUCCAGAUCUAUAUCCACUUAAUGUUACAAUUAACGGCACAAUAGUUGAAAAAUGGAUAUUAACAGUAAACUUGAAUUCAAAAACUCAGUAUUUUGUCGGCACUUUUGAUGGCAAACAAUACCGAAACGAUAACUCACCCGAUACUGUCCAAUGGCUUGACUACGGAGCAGAUAAUUAUGCCGGUGUUACCUAUAACACUGUACCUAACAAUGGACGCCGAGUGUUUAUUGGAUGGUCAGUAAAUCCGGGCUAUGCAGUAGCUGUACCUACUAAUCCAUGGAGAGGUGGUAUGACUGUACCGCGUGAGCUGAGUCUAGUUAAGACAACCGAUAAUAAAUUACGAUUAGCAGCACUACCGGUGCCUGAAAUUAGUAAUAUUGUUCAAAACACAACAAUUAUUUUAGUUAAACCACUCAAACCAAAUGAAACGCUUAACUUGAAUGCCGACCAAAAUAUUAAGUCUAGACUUCUCGAUAUUGAGCUCGAGGUCGACAUGAGCUCUGGUCGACUAAAUGCCGAUAAGUUUGGUCUGCAAUUCAAAGGAUCUAAAGAUGUUUUGCGGGUUUAUUUUGACGGAUCCGGCAAUAAGUUUGUUGUGGACAGAAAUAGCACCGGUAGGCAUGAGUUUAGCAAAUCAUUUGUCUUGAAAAGUGAAGGCCCGCGUCUGACUACUGGUUCCGUAAUUACAAUGCGACUCGUAUUAGAUGUGGCAUCGGUUGAAUUGUUUGCCGAUAACGGGUUGACUACAAUUACUGAUACAUUUUAUUCAACCGAUAGUCUGAAUACUAAUAUAAACUUGUUUUAUGAAUCAACUAUUGGGACGUCAGUAUUGAAAGUCAAUAGAGUAUACAUCAGACAAUUGAAUAGUGUUUGGAAUAAUAAGUUUAUAUAAAACUUUAAAUUAUAUUAUUAUUUA